CUCCAUCGUCUGGCCUGGCUCACAUAGCGUGGCGGUAGGUGCACGAGACCCGCCGCACCGGUACCGGCUUCCACACAAAUACUACGGGCCUUCUCCUCGUGUCCACUCUUCUUCUCCCCUCCCCUGCCCCCUCUCGCCCCUUCUGGUGUUCUCCCCUCCCGGCCUCAUCCGCCCUUCUCUUCUCCCCCCGUCGCGGUUUGCCCCGGCGGCGGCGACGCGGACCUGCUGGUGCUGGAUCGGCUUCUUCUCUUUGCGGGAUUUAUGUGCCAAGCUGCGUACUGUUCUGUUUUAUUCCUCGGACCAAACUUGUUGAGCUGAUUCCAGCAAGGAGGAAUCUGCAAAGCAGCUUGGUGUUAAGCUUGCAUCUUCCCUAAACAGCUCUAGAUUAAAUGGGAGAAGCAAGCUCGGAUGAUCUUUGCCAUUGUCAAGGGUGUCUUGGCAAGUACACCCUACUCAGAGAUGAAGAGAACCCACAGCUGGCAAAGUUUGAGAGACGCCUUCCUUGCUUUGGUUGCGGAAUAGGAUGGUCCUCAUUUCUUUUAGGUUUCUUGUGUCCAUUGCUUUGGUACUAUGCAACGACUCUUUACUGCUGCAAGUACUACAAUAGGGAUCCCCGAGAGCGCCCGGGUCUUGCUGCCUCUGCUAUUGCGGCGGCCAUCUUCACUACCGCGGCAACUAUUACCCUCUCCAUCAUUCUGAUUAUCUGGGCACAAAAGUGAUUUCUGAGGCAGGGAGAACAGGCCUGGAUGAUUGGUUGUUUAUCGGCAGAUGAGGGAUUCAGAAGGCAACUUGUAAUGUUGAGGAUAGCAGAUCGUUUUAGUUCAUCAUGUAAUCAUAGUGCAUAUGCAAGUGUUUAUCGAAGGGCUUCAUCUA